AUGGAUAUGACACUGAACACAGAUAUUGAUGUUGUGGAUCAAUUCGUUAUAUUCUCCUUUUUCUCCCAGGAUGAAUUGAAUUCUUUUACCACUUUACAGCAAAGUCACUUUAAUGGUGCUUUUCCUAAUACACGACCUAUUCAGAAUAUUGUUGGCAGCGAUAGUGACAUAUCUACUACCAAAGACACACCUGAAAAGAUACAAUCCACUUCCAGUUCGCAAGAUUUCACGCCAAAGUCAUCGCCUACAAAUAGGGAUGAAGUUGAAGUAAAAAGAAAUUGCCAGACUGAGGUGACUUCAACAGAACCAGAUGAACCAAUUCAGUCAUUCACGUCCGAUGCUCUCUCAACAGAUUCCGUAAAUCACCAUAAUAAAGUUGAUGCAUUACAUAGUUGUAGCAGAAAAUCGAAAAAAGCAAGCAAACGUAAAUUGCAAGCUCACUUAAGUGACGAUGAUACAAGUAAUACAGCUUCUAGUUCGGUUACAAACUCCACAAAUAAUAUACAUGAUGUUCGCAGGAGAAAAUAUCGUGAGAAUGAAUUCAAGAAAAAACAAGACCGUCCAAAUGCUUUACUUGGAACAUGUAUGCAAUCUAUACCGGACGUCAAGUUUCCUGUACCCAAAUCUCCCCCUAUUAAACGUUGGUGUGUUACUUGCCCUGAAGAGCAAUGGUUACACGAACGUCGAAAGGAUAGCAAUAUACGACUACGCUUCCAAGCGGAUUACAGGCAUAACGAUAAAGAUGGUAACCCUGCUCGGAACAAUAAAACUAAGAUUGAACAAUCUGACCAGUCCGACUUGAAAAAGGCCGGAAAUAACCGUGGACAAACUCUUGAGCUUCAUGGUAAAGGUCAACAUAAUUGGCGCUUAGAUCGGACUGAUCGUAGGGCAGGUUGUAAAGUUAAAAUAAUACAUGACAAUCGUACGAGAGGUAGCAAUGAAAUUCUGAAUAUAUCUGAUCGCCAAUAUCUCGCUACGCCUACUUCUCUGGAUGAAAUAACCGACUUCGAUGGUGAUAGUAGUAACGUGAAUGAUUCAUUUUAUUAUUCAAAUUCUUCAUCAGCUGAAGAAGGUGAAGUCUCUGCUGAUGAUAAAACGUUGAAAUUUCAUACGCCUCAAAUGAUUGCAAUGAAAUCACUAUAUCAUGAAAAUACUGACAUUAUUCAUACGAGUGAUACCGAUGCCAGUGACUGGAAUAGGAAGGUAACUCACAAUAAGAAAGAACGCGAAAGACGCUCAAAACAGAAAGUUCAGUUCUUUCGCUUACAACAGUCUCACCCUGAUUUAGUUCGAUUAGAAAAAUGCCCCAAGAUAAAAAUACUUCAAUCUGCUAUAAAUCUUAUUCAUAAUUUGUACGAUGAGGAGCAAAGGUUGGUUAACAUCAAAAUGAUUUUGCGAGAUAAAAAUGGUAGAUUAAAGAAUAAACUACAGACUUUACGGCAAGCAGUUGAUAUGGGCAGGAAAGAAAGAUAUGGAAUACGUUGA